ACUAUUUCCUUGUCUUCUCUAGCACCGUCACCGGCACUGGCACCGCCACCGUCAACACUGUUAGGCACUGCUUUUCCUUGCUUCUUCCUCCUUUCUUUUUCUUCCUCCCUUCUCCUUCCUUUCUUUUUCUUCCUCCAUUCUCAUUCGUUCUCAUUCUUUCUCUUCCUACUACUCCAUCUAUUCCCCUUGUGUCUCCAUAGCAAAGAAUCCAAAAAAUUUGGGUACUCAUCACACAAUUUGGCAAGCACUUGGAUCUAAACUCUUGGAUCCCAAAAACAUCAGACUACCUAAUCCCUCUCCCUCCCAUGAAAACCCCCUCGUUUUCCCAUCACCGCAGCCUCCUUCCUUUGAAGCAGCACCGAAACCAGCACCACCAUUUCAAUUUCCACCCCACAAAGAUCCACAUUGCUGGAAUGUUGAGGUAAAGGGAUUUGAGAUUCACUAACCUAGAAAGAUGAGGGAUUUAUUAUGUAAUUGAACAUAGGAAAAGUAACCUUGAAUUUUAUAGGUUUCAAAUGAUUUUUUUUCCAUCUUUCUGCCUGUACUUGCUAUGAUCUUCUAAAUGUUUGGUUGAAUCACUCUCAUAUUCUGCAUAUUGGCAAAAUCAAGCUAGAUCUUCAAC